AUGAUAACUGGAUCAGGUCCGUCUACCAUCCCUAUCCUUGGAAAUCUUCAUCUCAUGCCCACCAAAGGCGCACAUCUCGAAUUUACGAAAUGGGCACACGAGUAUGGCGGGAUAUACUCCCUCAAACUGGGCACCGGCACUGCCGUUGUGCUCACAGAUCGGCGCCUGGUGAAGCAACUUCUCGAUAAGAAGAGCUCGAUAUACAGUAACCGGCCGCAAUCAUACCUCAACGACCUAGUCAGCGGCAGUUGCCACAUGCUCGUCAUGCACUAUGGUAACCUCUGGAGAAAUUUCCGCAAACUUGCCCAUCAGCACUUCAUGAAAUCACGAGUUGAAAGCUACUACGUCAAAAUCCAAAAAGCCGAAGCACGCUGA